CAGUCAGUCUCGCCCCUCCGCUCUCAGCAGCAUCAUCAUCGUCCCCGCCGGGUCCGGUGGCAGUGAGGAUGGUUCAGCGGAAAAGCAGCCGGGGACGCGAAUGACAGUGAUAAGAUAAUGGCCCUCGAUUUACGCAAGUUCCAGAAUGUGCGCCUACUGACCAAGUGAAACGACCGUGGCAGGAAAACACUGAACCAUGUUGCUCUAAGUUGUGACCUGUGGUGAGCGGGGAGAAGGAAGAGGAGGAGGAGGAGGAGGAGGAGGAGGGAGGUGCAGGCAGGAAGGCAGGCAGACGGGCAUCUGCCACAGCUCCCUUUAGGCAGCCCUUUGCAAGCUUGAAGCCAUGGGCAACACAGCCACAAAGUUCCGAAAGGCGCUGGUGAGUGGCGAUGAGGCCCUGGCCUGGCAGCUGUAUGAAGGCAACCCUCAGUUCAGGGACGGCCUGGACCCGAAUGCAUCAUACGGAGAGCAGUACCAGCACAACACGGCCCUGCACUAUGUCUGCCGCCACGCCAUGACACGUCUGCUCAGGUCCUUCCUGUUCAGUAAAGAGGGAAACCCCAACAAGCGUAAUGUGCACAAUGAAACGUGCCUCCACGUGCUGUGCCAAGGCCCGCAGAUCCUGCUGCUGCCAGAGGGAGCACUGUCGCCACGACUGGCCCGACCCCAGAGGGAUGAGCAGCGUCGUGCCGACUGCCUGCAGAUGAUCCUGAGCUGGACGGGGGCCAGGCUGGAGGGAGGCCAGUACGAGAAGGUCAAUGUCAAUGCCACCGACAAUCACCACAGCACCUGUCUGCACUAUGCUGCUGCUGCAGGCAUGAAGAGCUGUGUGGAGCUGCUAAUCCAGAGCGAGGCGGACCUUUUUGUGGAGGACGAAGACAAGUUGACACCAUGUGACCACGCCGAGCGGCAUCACCACACCGAGCUGGCCCUCAGCCUGGAGUCACAGAUGGUUUUCUCCUCCUCUUCAGCUCAGCAGUCAAACACAGACGCACAUGGUGAAACCAACCUGCUGCAAUACAAGGAGCCUUAUGAGGGACUGAAGCUUCAGGACCUGCGCAGGCUGAAGGACAUGCUGAUCGUAGAGACGGCAGACAUGCUGCAAGCCCCCCUCUUCACCGCGGAGGCCCUACUCCGAGCACAUGACUGGGACAGGGAAAAACUUCUGGAAGCCUGGAUGUCAGACGCUGAGGGCUGUUGCCAGCGCUCAGGUGUGACCAUGCCCACCCCACCACCCAGCGGGUACAAUGCCUGGGACACCCUACCCUCACCUCGCACCCCCAGGACCCCGCGCUCCCCCCUCACACUCACCCUCACCUCCCCGACCGACAGUUGCCUCACACCUGGAGAGGAGGGCCUGGCUUCGUGUGGAAUCUGUCUCUGCUCUAUCUCAGUGUUUGAGGAUCCAGUGGACAUGUCCUGUGGACACGAGUUUUGCAGAGCAUGCUGGGAAGGGUUCCUCAAUGUAAAAAUUCAGGAGGGUGAUGCACACAAUAUCUUCUGCCCAGCCUAUGAGUGCUACCAGUUGGUGCCGGUGCAUGUGAUAGAGAGUGUUGUUUCCAGAGAGAUGGACCAGCGAUAUCUACAGUUUGACAUAAAGGCAUUUGUGGAGAACAAUCCUGCCAUCAGAUGGUGUCCUGCAGCACGUUGUGAGCGCGCGGUUCGGCUCACCCGACCAGGCCCCGGGGACAGUGACCCGCACAGUUUCCCCCUGCUUCCCUCCCCAGCUGUCGAUUGUGGCAAGGGUCACCUCUUCUGCUGGGAGUGCCUUGGCGAGGCCCAUGAGCCAUGUGACUGUCAGAUGUGGAGGAACUGGCUCCAGAAAGUCACAGAGAUGAAGCCUGAGGAGUUGGCAGGUGUGAGUGAGGCCUAUGAGGAUGCUGCUAACUGCCUGUGGCUGUUGACCAAUUCAAAACCAUGUGCCAACUGCAAGUCGCCCAUUCAGAAGAAUGAGGGCUGCAACCAUAUGCAGUGUGCCAAGUGUAAGUAUGACUUCUGUUGGAUCUGUCUGGAGGAGUGGAAGAAGCACAGCUCAUCAACAGGAGGCUAUUAUCGCUGCACCCGCUAUGAGGUCAUCCAACAGCUAGAGGAGCAGUCCAAGGAAAUGACUGUGGAGGCAGAAAAGAAGCACAAAAGUUUUCAGGAGCUGGAUCGUUUCAUGCACUAUUAUACUCGCUUCAAGAAUCAUGAACACAGUUAUAAGUUGGAGCAAAAGCUGCUUAAAACAGCUAAAGAGAAGAUGGAGCAGCUGAGCAGAGCCUUCAUUUGCCGUGAAGGCACUCCUCCAGACACACGGUUCAUUGAAGACGGUGUGAGUGAGCUGCUGAAGACGCGCCGCGUCCUGAAGUGCUCUUACCCAUACGGCUUUUUCCUGCAACAAGGCAGCACCCAGAAAGAGAUAUUUGAGCUCAUGCAGACGGACCUGGAGAUGGUUGUGGAGGAUCUUGCCCAGAAGGUCAACCGGCCGUACCUGAGGACUCCCUGCCACAAGAUAAUCAGCGCGGCCCGUCUGGUGCAGCAGAAGAGGCAAGAAUUCCUGGCAUCAGUGGCCCGAGGCGUUGCUCCCAAUGAUUCUCCCGAUCCUCCCCGCAGGAAUUACCCUAGAAGAUCAUGGGACUUUGAGUACCUUGGCUUUGCCUCCCCUGAGAUGGGGAGUCAUCACUCUGUACUGGGAGCAGAUCAGAGGGAGAGACAGUCACAGGAUUAUGCUGACAUCCAGUACCGUCGCAGACACAGACCGCGGCGCAGAGGAGACAUGCUGAGUCUGCACAACCUUAGAAGCAGCAGCAACACACCAGAGACCAGCAGGAGGAGUGACAACACAGAAGGUCCAGAGAGAAGCGAGGGCCGCAGAAGAGCGCUGGGCUCGCUGGACGAAGAUGAUCCAAACAUCCUUCUGGCCAUUCAGCUGUCCCUUCAGGAGUCCCGCAGGGAGAGGAGCCUGGAGGGAGGGAUGGAGGGGAGAGUGGAGCUGGAGCGUGGACUGGACAGAGGACAGGAGAGGAGGCCAGGUACCACGGGAGACCUGGGUGAUGUUGCUUUGCACUCCCUCAACACAGAUGGUCCUCCGGGAGCGAGAGGCCCCUCAUUCCCCUCUUCUCUCCUGGAUCCUCCUCGCCCCCCAAACAGGACAGACUCCACCUCCCAGCCUCCCACGUCAAACGCCCUCCCCCUGCCUCCCCCGCCUCCCUCCCUCAGUGCAGAGCUGCUGGAGUUGGGAGACAGCCUUAUGAAACUGGGGAACAUAACUACUCCUUACGACCUGGACACACACACACAGGAGCAGCUCUGCUCUCACCACACAUACAACCACAGUACACUCACUGCUCCCUACACCAUCGAACCUGCUCACAGCAACUGCAGCCAUAGACCAGACCAGAAUGCACUGACCACUCCAUUUGUGCUUGACCAUAUCACCAUUACAGAUCCCAGUUACUGCCACUCCAGUGGUUAUUUGGCUGAGGCGGAACACACUGCCUCCUGUGCACUUGAACGCACCCCAAACCCCACCCAUCCUAGUUCAUGUAACCGGGAACACGCAGCCCUGUAUGACAGCACCUCAAAACCAGACAGCUCUUACAACCCCUGCCCAGAACACAGUAGCUCAUACACUCAAGAGCGUCCUUCUGGUUACACUCUUGAACGCCCACCCAAAUCCGACCCUCAGCCGCCUGCCCAGUUGUGCCUCCCCUCUCCAGAGCUUGAGCCGGAGCUGCUGCUUUCACCGGUGAUCCCCCCAGGGGGCCCUUUCACCCCCAGCGACCCUCAGAGUCUGGAGCCCCUGGACCCCACAGCCAGUGCCCAGCUGCUGGACAACAUCAUGGCCUGGUUUAACAACAACAUCAACCCCCAGAACAACCCGCAGAGCCUGGCCCUCAUCCCCUCGCCACCCACCACAGAGUCCGACACCUCCCCUGACACACACACUGAGACUGAGUCAGAGAGCCAGACCUCCAGGGACGUGACCCCCGCCCCUAUCUGGCAGCCCCUGGAGGGCGAGCCAGAGGCAGACAGAGGGUCGGCGAGUCCAUGUCUAGGUGCUGCGGGCGCGGAGGGCCCGAAGACAUCGAGGCCCAGCACUCUGGAGCUGGAAAACAGAGAAGCUGGCGAGGAGGGUGUGGGCGCAGGGUGUGUGGCUGACCUGUCGCUGGACGAAGCGCACACACACCCGUACUCACACUCCCAACGUGGAAACAGUCCUGCACACACUGCCCCGGCCACAGAGAGAGACUUAGACCUCAUCCUUCAGUUGGAGGGGGACCAAUCACCUGAGGAGUGGGAGGAACAAGUGCACCUGGUGUGACGGCGACGGAGCGACAUGGAGAGAGGAGGUUGAAUGUUAAGUAGAGGAAGAAAGAGAGAGAUGAAAGUGAAAGAGGAAAGAAAAGUAAAGACUAGGAGAGAGAAGCACUGGUGGAAAAAUCUAAGAUAUUAUGGUGAUGCCUCGAUGAGAGAUGUAGGUCUUUGAAGUGUUUACUGUAUGCUGUAUUAUACUGUAUCUAGAGAGGACAUAAAACCCUGCGGACUUUGUCCAGUAAAGAUGAUGUCAUACGCAGUUUGAUUUAUUUAUUUAUUUUUUUGUCCGCUCUAAAAGCAGACAAACUAUUCUUUUGAAACAAACGAGUAUUUAAAGCAGAGUACAUAAAUGGAAAGCUACUGAUAUCAUAACACAUAAAAUGCUGCACACGUUUUUUGUUUUUUUUUUAAAUUUAUUUCCUCUAUGUUGUCUCAGUUUGUUCAAGUUUUGGUGCUGAUUCAUGCUGAAAUCCAAACUUGCCUCGUAUACUCACACUUUAAUUAACACACCGACCCAACCACGAGCCCGUUCAGCGCUCCUGGAGCCAAAUAUAUGACGAAUAUAACUGUAACCUUGGAGCUUGUUUAGCGUACUGUACAAUCAGAGGGCCUAAUUCUGAUUUUUGGACCUUCAUGCACACUGUGCCUGCUUUGAUAGAGAGCCAACACACUACUGAUGUUUUCUUUUGGGAGGCCGCAAAGGAUGACGAUACAACUGUGCUCGGUUAAUGAUGAGCUAGUGCAACGUGCUUAUCAGAUUUUAUGAUGGUAAUAAUUCUUUUGUAACACUCCAGAAGAGAUAUCGUCUCGCCCCUCUGCACAGGGAGGUCACAGGUCAGACAGCUAAGAGUCAGUAGGAAUACAGCGGGUGUUUCUCAGAGUCAAGGAUCCUUCCUUGGUAGGAUGAGUCCUAGGAGGGGGAGGUGGACACUUGGCACUCCAUCUCUGCUGUAAAUGAUUAAUUUUUAACUUUUAUGUUUUAUCUUAAUCUUGAUAUUUUAAAAAUCUCAUCAUCAUCUUAAUCUCAUUGUUCAUUUUUUUAUACGCUUGUAUUAUAAAAACUCCUGGAGACAUUAAUCUAAAUAAAUGACAUAUUUAUCUAAAUCCUCUCGAGCUCCGCUGGCGCAGCUUCCAGCAAAUCGUGUGCAAAGAAUUGUGGGGAUUUUAUACCCACUGAGGAUCCACACAUGCAUCCUUGGAAUUUCUCUGAAAGAAGGACUCAGUCCUGGGUGAAAUUCAUAAGGAUCCUUGACUUUGGAACAGUCUCGGCGGGGUUUGAUGACAUAGCAUCCUUUAAAUUCAGCCUUCCUUGACUUUGAGAAACACCCAGAGUCUUGCUCAAAGGCUUUUCAGCAUCAUGGCUGCUUGUUGUCGGGGGAAUUGAACCCUCUUAUUUUCUGCUUACUGCACCACCCUGCUCCUUACUCCAUAAAAUGAUCUCUUUAUCAGAGAUGAGCUUUUACUCAAGUGUCAUCCACAUUUCUGUAUUUUACACCUGCUUUGGCUCAGUUUUCACAACAGUGUCAAAAUACAAAAUGCUAUCAUAAUAAUUUCUGCAUCAAAAUUGACAUAAAGUAAAUUAUGAAACAGAAUCAGAAUAUUGUGUGUGACUGAAUUUUGAUUUGUUUUAUUUGUAGAAUUUGUGCAAAAAUUUAAAGAGAUUAACACCAUGAGUUUAUGUGGAAGAUGCAGAAAUUGGUGCAUAAAGGCUGCAGGAAAUGAAGUGUUUAAUUAUCAUAAUUUUCUUGCGGAGGACCUCCAAACCCCAGUUUCACGCCCUUGGCUGUAAAUAUAGAUAAAGAAGUCCAGAGUUUACAAUACACUAAAUCAUAUAUUCAUACAUUUUUACCUUUUUGUGUUAAAGAUUUUAUCACGUCUCUGUUGAUUUAAACUGUCGUUAAAACCGAGCCAAAGCAAUCAGACCAUACUGUACAUGGUAACACUCAUUUAUUUUGUUCUAUCAUAUCUAUUCCACUACUGAUGGCGAGUACAGUGUGCUGUUGAUUGAUUGAUGGGAGAUGGGUUUUUACUGUAAUUUAUCCUUUUUUAAAAAAAACAUUUCUUUAUUGCGUUCUUUAUUGCUUACUAUAGAGAUGAACUUAGAGAUGAACUUCCAGUUGAGACCAGAGUCGUUGGGUCUGUGUGCCUUUUUGUUUCAAUUGUAUUUGUUUAUUUGUUGGUAUUUAUUAGUGUCAUUACUUUUUGUCAUGCUUAACGACGUUGCUAAUGAAAGAUGGAGGAGAACACACCACUUUGGCUGCUGCCAAAUGCACAUUAGUAUCAUUUGUCCUACAGCCCUGGUUUAUCUUAUUUAAAGUUACCCCAGAGGAAAACUGCUUUGACUCAUGUGGAAGAAAUCUGUGUGAAGAGUCUCCACUAUAAUUAAUCAUUUUUAUUUUAAAAUCGUUCAAAUGUAGUCGGUCUUUGAUUUUUCUGAUACGCGAUGUAACACUCUGAAUCCUGGGUUGUCCCUCGGCCAUUAUCUUCAAACGUUAUCGCCCAGCUGUAAUGUUUACACAAGAAUUAAACACUGCCUGUUGUGUUGAAAUAUGAUUUGGUGCUUUUGGGACUGAAAUGAUAAUAAUGGAGUGUUUUUAAUUUUACUUUCACGGCCGGCCAAACCUAAUUUUGUUGAAAUUUCUCCCUCUACUUAACAGAAAGUGCCAGUAACACAGAAUGUGAUAUGCAAUCAAACAUGCAUCACUUAUAAUUGAUAGUUUGAGUUUGAAGCUUGUUUAAAGUGUGAGGUCUGGAGUGCUUCACUGAAGUGACCAAAAAACCCCAACAACAACAACGUAAAAUAACACUUUUUCCACUCCGAACAUUAAACUGUGAAGGUGCUGGACAGGUUGUAGGUGCUGACGCAGACAUCUCACAAGGCAUGCUGAGGUAUGAGGGCAGCUGGUGUGGCCCGUAACAUUUCAAACAUUGUUAUCUGAGGAAUGGUUUGAUGAACAUUUAUUUUAGGUUGCAUGGUUGCGACAGGAAACACGUAGGAAAAGAACGGGGUCUUUUCAUUUGCACAGGCAUGCUGUUAAUGUGUUGCACUAAUCCAGUGCUGUCAGGCAGGAUGAGGACGGCUGAUGAGUGCAGCUUUUAUUAUAUUAUUAUUAUAAUUAUUUACUUUUUUAUUUUAUUUCUUGAUUUAGAAUUGGAUUUCUGGUGUCAAAUGAAUGGUCCUGGGCCAUUUUGUACUCCAUAUAUAAUGUUUAUAUUUUCCCUCAACCAACAACUUCAGAAUUAAAAAAACAAAUUAAAUUGCACUUGCAUAGAUUAUACUUGAUACAUUCCCAGUCAGUCCAUAAGAGAGGUUUGAUGUGUGGCCAAAACUGUAAAUGAAAGUGUCAGUGCAAAGUUUACUCUCAAUAAAAACAACUGAAAGUG